UUACGUUCCAUUAUGUAAUGGAAAAGGAAAACCAAGUCUAUGAAUGGGUGCAAGAUAUAAGGGACAAAUAAGCAGGGUUAAUAAAGAUAAACUAAAGUACCAUCAAAGGAGCUUCAAAAGGCACUUGGUCAUGAUUGAUGACUCCGAAGUUCCCAAGAAGCAAAAUGGAGUCUCAAAAUACAGCAUCUGUGGAAAAAACCUCACCUCCGGUCGUUAAUCCUGCCGCAAGCUCGUGCCGCAAGAAGAAGACGGAAGGUGCUAGUUUUAUCGCUGAUGUGAGAGAGCACAUCGAUGAGUUCAUUCAUGCUUCAAUGGAUGAACACAAAACUUGCUUCAAGAAGACCAUUCAAAAGAUGUUUGGAAUGUCUAAAGUUGUCGCGGAGAGAUCUGCUGAAACUGCUGAAACUGCUGAAAAGAAGUCGAAGUCUCUUUGCCCCUGCAGACAAGUGUUUCUCAGUAGACACUAAAAUGGUUAGUUUAGAAUGUUGCUUAUCCGCAUGUUUCUUGGUGGUUUCUUAAAUAAAUAAAUGGAUGAGGAUGAUGAGAUGAAUUUUGUGACCAAAUAUAUCAGUUACAUAAAAUUUCAAGUUUGUUUA